UGCAGCAUCGGGCAUCCGGAAGUGAUGUGGGUUUCCUGUAGUGCCGCUCUUGCCUCAUCCAUCUUAGUCUCUGUGUCUCUUCGUGAAUUACCCUGGCACCUCCUGGUUGCUAAGCGGUAACGGAGCUGAAAGCGCCUCUGAGGCGCGAAGGGAUCCCAGGCCGGCGGGAGCAGCGAGAACCGCCCUCUGGGCUGGAUGCGGUGACCCGACACGGAAAGGCAAGCUCCUUGCAGCUUCGGACGUUGCGAGCCGCCUCAUCAUCCUCCAGAAUAGAGGGUCUAUCACAGCCCCGUGGCUGAGCUGACCCCACCCGACUGGGAAAUGGGCUCAAAAUCCGACCAACUUCUUAUUGUGGUUUCCAUCCUGGAAGGGCGUUAUUUUCCCAAACGUCCAAAACAUACACUUGUGGUGGAAGCAAAGUUUGAUGGUGAACAUCUAGCUACAGAUCCUGUAGAACAUACUGAUCAGCCUGAAUUUGCCACAGAAUUAGCUUGGGAACUUGACAGGAAAGCACUUCACCAACACAGGUUACAGCGUACACCUAUCAAGUUACAAUGCUUUGCUUUGGAUUCUGUGUCUUCAGCCAAAGAGAUUGUAGGUUACAUUGUACUAGAUUUACGAGCUGCUCAAGAGAAGAAGCAGUUACCAAAGUGGUAUCCUUUACUCAGCAAUAAAUACACAAAAUUUAAAUCUGAAAUACAACUAAGUGUAAUGUUAGAAACAGAUACAAAAGCAUCUGUGGAUGGUUUCAAAGCAAAGGAAGCGCCUCCCAGGGAUAUUACAGUACCUCGUCUGCCUCCUGUAUUCGACUCCAAAAAUUUUGUACCAGUGCUGAAUGAAGAGGAAGGAUAUCAUCAGAUUGGGCCAGCAGAAUAUUGCAGAAAUUACUUUGCUUUGUCUGUUACUAUUGCAUUUGCUACACAGUUAGAACAGCUAAUACCUACCACUAUGAAACUUCCAGAACAGCAGCCUAAAUUCUUCUUCUACUACUCACUCCUGGGCAAUGAUGUUACAAACGAGCCAUUCACUGAUUUGAUCAAUCCAAACUUUGAGCCAGAGAGAGCAUCUGUUAGAAUACGCAGUAGCACUGAAGUUCUAAGAGCUUAUUUUUUGGCUAAUUCAAAGUUUCAGAUCCAUCUUUGCUGUGGUGAUCAGUCUCUUGGAAGCACUGAAAUACUUCUGUCUGGGUUGCUGAAGAAAGGAAAUGUGGAAAUCCACCAACACCCAGUAGCUAUUGAAGGAGCAUUCAUUCUUGUUCCACCUAACAGAGCCCGGCAAAAACUGCCACCAGUGCCUCUGGACAUGGCACCUACAGUUGGGGUAUCAAUAUCUCUGCAAAGAGAUGAUAAAAUUUCUCAGCCUAUAGCCCAGUUCAUUUCAAAUGCUGAAUGUGAGAAUGUGAAGAGAGCUUUGUCUCCAGUGCAUAAUCAAGAAAAGAGUCCUGAGCAAAUUUCCUAUAAUACACAACCUCAGGCUGUCCAUUCUCCUCCCAUGAAAGAAGAUGCAACAGAAAGUGAAGUAGAAAGUCUUCAGUAUGACAAGAACCCAAAACUACAGAAAAAAGCUUUGAAUGCCCAAGUAACUGCUCCCCAAGUGCAGCAUAUCAAUGCGUCUAGUGCCAUCGAAUCUACUACAACGCAAAAAAUUGCUGUUCCAGCAGCAUCCCAUCAUUUCUGCUUCUCAAUAGACUUAAGAACUAUUCAUAACCUGGAUGCUGGGUUUCCUGUCAGUUGUAUAUUAAGGUACUCGUAUCCAUUUUUUGGUAGUGCUGCGCCCAUUAUGACAAACCCUCCCGUAGAAGUGAGAAAAAACAUGGAAGUUUUUCUUCCUCAGUCCUAUUGUGCAUUUGAUUUUGCUACUAUGCCCCACCAACUUCAGGAUACCUUCUUCAGGUUACCAUUAUUGGUGGAACUAUGGCACAAAGAUAAAAUGGCCAAAGACUUGCUUCUUGGAGUUGCAAGACUCCAACUUUCAAAUGUUUUGACCAUGGAAAAAACCCGUUUUCUAGGUGCCAAUGGGGAGCAAUGCUGGCGUCAGACCUUUAGUGAUACAGUUCCUGUUACAGCAGCACAAGGGCCAAGCAACAAGAUAGCAGAUCUCUCAUAUACCGUGACUCUAGAAGACUAUGGACUUGUGAAAAUGCAUGAGGUUCUAGUAUCUGAUUCUGCUCAGUGUUUAGAUGCUGGCGAGCCACCAUUGGCCCCUCCACCUCUGCCUCAUAAUGUUCUGGAAGUUCAGUCAAAACCACGAGAGACUCUGGAAUACAAAGCAGCACUUGAACUGGAAAUGUGGAAGGAACAACAAGAAGAUCUCUUUGAGAACCAGCUAAAGAAGAAGGAGCUGGCUCACAUGCAAGCUCUUGCAGAAGAGUGGAGAAAAAGGGAUAGAGAAAGAGAAGCUUUGGUAAAGAAAAAAGUUUCAGAGUAUACAGUUUUGGAAGAACAGCUUCAAAAAACUUUGACCAGUGUAGAGAAGCGUGAAAAACAACUUGUCAGUGCUGAGACUGAGCUCCAAAGAGCAAAGAAAGAGCUCCAAACAGAGCAUGAACGAAAUCUUCAAGAGCUUCAGGAUACAAUACGACGAGUUAAAGAGGAAUGUGUGCACCAGGUUGAUCUGGAGAAGUCACGGAUCAGACAGUUGGAAGAGGACAAAAUCCGCCUACAGCAACAACUAUAUGAGGCAGAAAAUAAAUAUAAGGCUCUGGAGAAAGAAUUCCAACUGUAUAAGGAGCAGCAAAGCAGCAAACCAGAAAUCCGGUUGCAGUCAGAAAUAAGCAUUCUAACUUUGGAGAAGGGAGACCUUGAAAGGAAGUUAGAAUCCGCUACCAAGUCAAAACUGCACUACAAGCAACAAUGGGCACGUGCUUUAAAAGAACUAGCAAGGCUAAAACAGCGUGAGCAAGAGAAUGCUAUGGCCCGCCUUAAAAAGCAGCAACAAGAGCUUGAGCACAUGAGACUUCGGUACUUGGCAGCAGAAGAGAAAGAAUUGGGGAAGGCACAGCGGCAAGAACUUGAAGAUAUCAGAAAUGAACUGAACAGAUUAAAACAAGACGACAAAAACCAGUCACAAAAUUCCCCAGAGGUGUUGGGGAUGCAACUGCAAAAUGAUCACACUCGACAAGUGAACGAGAGUUUAGAUGACUAUCUUGCACGUCUGAUAGAGGAGAGAGAUACCUUGUUGAGAACAGGAGUAUAUAACCAUGAAGACCACAUUGUGAGCGAGCUUGAUCGUCAAAUCGGCGAGUUGCUUGCCAAAAGAAGCAGCAGCAAGUAACAGAACAUGCUGAACUAGGUGUUUCUUAUUCAGAAAGCAAGGGGCUAGUUUUUAACGAGUGAUGCAGUUAACUGCAAAGGCCAUGAUUCUGAAGGACUUGUGUGCAUGCUUCUCCCGAGACUUAAGACUUCAAGAGUAAACAGAGUAGAGCACUGUUUACUCUUGAGGUCAUAAGAGAUAAGAGCAUCGAUUGAAUUUGUUUAGACAGUUUUAAAAUAAGUAUAUAUAUGUUUUAAAUAUUUAUUUUUUUGGUGGCAGUUGAGUAUUUCUACCUCCUCCUCCCAAUUGCCUCAGCUGUUUAUAGUAUAGUUCGACAUUUUUGUUCAGCGUUUUUUAUUGCUUGGUUUAUAGUUAUGUCUACUUACAUGUUUUUAUAAAUUUUUAUCAAAACAUUUCAAUUAAAAAGCAGUAGGAAAAAGGGCUUACAAUAACUUAAAAUGUUUUUUAAAAAAUAUUCUAGCUUAAAGGUAGAUUUGUCGCACCUUAUCACCUUUGAAACUAUGUGCAUUCUAUUAUAACCACUAUCAUUGUCAUUCAUAUGGCCAAAAAUUUAACCUCCUCUUGAAAUGUAUAAUCUUUGUUAAUGGACACGGGAAUUAGAUUGAUCAAGCAGUGGUGCUGCAAAGCUUUAUCCAUUUAUUUUAACUGGUAUAUACGGCACUGAACUGAAUAGCAGUUCUCUGCAGGAAUGCUUGGUAUAAUAGAUCCAAGGUUUUAAGUACCCUUUAUUCUGCCAAAGUGGACCAGACCAACUCUUAAAUAACAGUAAAUCCAGUUAACAGAUAUCUUAAUCUAUCCUGAUGACCCCUUGAAUAUAAUGGCUCCUCUGCACCAGUAUUGCACAUUGAAAAACUGUGUAUGUUUGUGAUUGGAAGGAUUGCUGCAUGUAUAGCCUCCCGCCCGGGCAUAAAACACACUGCCAUUUUAAUAUGCAUACAUUUUCCUACAAGAAAAUUCUACUGGUGGAGGGGGCGGGGAAGCAAUGUAUACUGUAGUCUCUAAAUAUAUUGAUGAAUCACUCAAAGUAUUUCUAUUUUUUGUUAAAGAACCAUUGGAGUGACAUUAAAAAAUAUAUAUUACUCUGCACACCAGCCAGAUAAGAAAUAUAAAGCUUCCUACCAGACAGAUAUCAGGAAAGAAGUUGUUAAAUAAAAAUGGAGCAAUUAUUAAAUAUCUCUAAUAUUACUGAAUUAUUUAAUAAUCUACAUGAUGACAGUAAAUCUGCAUAAGUUCAGAUUGUAUUCUUUACAGUAGAUAAACUUACUUGCCCCAAGUCAGCAUGGAGAAGUAUCCACAGAAGCAGACUUCUCUUGCUGAAUUGCAAUAAGCAUGUGUAACAUACAGAACAGAUUUUCACUGACUCGAUUGUCCAUAUCUAGCAAUUUGGAUUGUGUACAUAGUUCCCAGCAGUGCAUUGCUGACCAUGAGUGCACAAUAUUUAGUGCCUGGUUAGAAUAGGUUAUAUACAGAUGCACAUACAAUCCAUCUCUACACCCCAUGGUAUGGAUGGGAAUGCUUAUUCCCAUUUAUUAAUGGGCAGCAUAGUGAAAGUUAUCAGGUGCAUACAACUUCCUCAAGAUUGGGACUGCUACAGUUGUGAUUGAUGCCUGUCUUCUUCUGUUGUGUCUGGUCAGUGGGCUUCUGCAGGUAUUUACUGAGAUCUUUAGGCUGGUAUUAUGUUAAUCUAGUUUUUUAUAAUGGUAAAGAAAUGAACCUAUCAGGCUCAAUUUAUCUCUCAUGCUAUAGCCAAAGUUAACAAUGAUUGGCCUAACACACUUGUGCAGCCCUGUCCAAGGCAACUAUCCCAUGUCAGAAAUGGUGCCAAAAUUGACAAGUUACUUUUUGUUGGAGUAUGGGUAGGCAUAAAAUUUGAAGCUGGUACUUUAAAUAUGCAUCCCCAUAUUGUCCUGUCCUGAGAUGUGAUAUGCAGAAGCCUCUUGCAAACUUUGCAUUUUGAGGAUACAUAUUACUUCCACAAUUAUUUUUGUAAGUCUAUUAGACACUUAUGAUGAAACAGGCCCCAAUUUUUCCAGUAUUAUUUUUGACAAAAGUGAAUAAAAAUUCAGAGAAUUUAGUUUGAUUUGUAAAUAACCUACUGUUUGCUUCUGUAUCAUGGAUCACAUAUUUUGUAUCUAGUGGCUUUGUUCCUGAUAUGGUAUUUCUUUUUCAUUGCAUCUUUAAUUCUUCCAAAAAACCCAAGUGGAGGAAAUGGUACAGUAUGUAAAUAUUUCUUAUGUUACCAAUUAUAUUGCUGAUAAUUUUGCGACACCAAACUGUACAUAUGUUAAAUGUUUUUACUAAAUAGCAUUAAAAUUUGAUAUCUUUACACUGGAAAUAAUAAACACUCUGCUUAAAAAAAUUGUUUUGUCAGUUAGUUAUGACUGUUCAUUUAGUUUUACUAAGUCUCCAAAAUAAAAUGCCCAAUAAAUCUGGAAUGUUCUUUUCUAUCUUCAAGAGAGGAUAGUUACAUUCCAAGGAGUUAAAAUAUCGGAAUGUGUACUGGAUUUGCAGUUGUUUUUCAAACACUAGAGGGGGCCUUAACAUUAAAUAAAAGCAGUUUUUACGAAUCAAAAGUAUUUCUUUUUUACCUUUUGUAUAUAAAUUGAAUUAAAUAGUGUAUAUGAAAAGAUUUGUAUUCUGUUUUGGGCUUUUAAAAAUAAAUUCUACAAAACUAUUUUGAUUGCAACUCUUACUAGAAUAUUAAAGUUCUCUAUAUUUUUGUUUUGUU